AAGAUGCGGGACCGGGUUGCGGUUGUGGGUGCUCCUGCUCAUCGCAGCUUCCUCCGCGGGACCCGGACCCGGCGGCCGCUAGUCGCGAGUUGUCCACGGGACUCGAGUUACAUGUUCGGCCGAGUCACCCGCCGCCCUCCUCCCCCGCCCGCCGCAGCGGAAGCCCAUGUGGAAUUGUGGACGGACCGUCUCCCUCCAGGAUAGACAGUCGACUUGCUUCCAUCAGAUGUUCGAUCCGACCCCGUGUUUCAUCGGCCCCCCGGUUCCAUCCUCGGUUCGCCCGGAGCGUUUUUCGAGGUUUCCCGAGAGUUUCAACCGAGUGCGAGUCAUUCCGAACUUUGUUUUUUGUGUGUGUGUGUUUGAGCUUUUUACAUAGAUCGGAGAAUUUGUCGAAAUUUUCGAGUUCAGCUUGCAUUUGAAAAAAAAAAUGUGGAACUGAAAAGUAAUCAACGACGAUUUUGAAAGGAUACAAGUGUCAUCAGAUUUUCAGCCCCUUCCCCCGCUUCUAGUAUUCCAAAGUACACCGGGUCGAUUCCCAACUUGUGUGGCUCAUGCAGACGAUUCACAGCAGAAAUUGAUUUUUCAAUAAAUUGAGCUUAAGGUUCCAGUCCUUAAACUUUUCACAAACCCCGUUGAACCGUGAUCUUCCUGAAGUCCAAAGCGCCAAAAAAUGCUCCAGACACCCUUUAACCUCGCGGUUUCUCUUCCGUUCGCACGGAGACUUCCGGAAAUGGUGCGAUGGGUGGUGUUUCCGGUUCUGCUCCUGGCGACGCCGCUGUCAGGACGCGAGCCCUCGGGUUUGGCGCAGGGUCCUCUGAUGGUGGACUGGCGGUCAGCCGGGAGGAACGUGCAGCCGACCUGCGUGGACAUCAAGGCGGAGAUGCAGUUGUGCCACGGAAUAGGGUACAACAAGAUGCGACUGCCAAAUCUCCUCGGACACGACUCCAUCGCCGAGGUGGUGCAUCAGGCAGCCUCCUGGGUGCCUCUCCUCAACGUCCGAUGUCACACGCACACGCAGCUUUUCCUCUGCUCCCUCUUCAGUCCUGUAUGCCUGGAUCGACCGAUCUAUCCGUGCCGCUCUCUGUGCCAGCAGGUAAAGCAAGGGUGUGAAAAACGGAUGAAGACUUACGGUUACCCUUGGCCGGAAAUGUUCGAGUGCGAAAGGUUUCCGGAAGACGAUGACAUGUGCAUUUCCGCUCAUACAAGAUCGCGCGCUCCUAAUGAGGAGGGAACUGUAACGCCAGAUGAAAAAUGUACAGUUUGUAAUCAGCCUGAUACCUACGAGAACAUACUGGAUCACUUUUGUCGCUCGGACUUCGCGGUACGGGUGAAAAUUCAAAAAGUGCGGAAAGCGAGGCUAAUCGGUCGAAAAGCAAAGAUACUAAAGGGCGGAGAAAAGUUCUUGAAGCAACUGAAGCGGCCAGUCAUGACUCUUGAGCCAAUGCAGUCGUGCUGCCAGAAGAUGACGUCAUCCAGUACGGACAAUUUCCUCGUCAUGGGAUCCGUGAGAGAGGCCAAAGUGACUCCUAAUUUUAUCAUGCCGUGGGCCACCAAACGAUCUAAGUCAUUCAAAAAUGCUGUCCGGAUGUUCAAAAAACUAAACUGCAGUGAUUCAAAACUGCCUCAAUCGCUCAUCAACGCUGCCCUGACAUCUAGUGAUCCAUUUUACUUGCCGACCUCAACAUCGCCCCAGCCUACAUCUCCAUCAACUACAACUACAACUAGUAAAACUCCGAAAACGAGACAAAACAGGAAAAAAACAUCAAAUUUUGUCCUUGGUUAAAAUUAAAACAAAAUGAAAUAAUACAAAAAUUUAAAAAUACAA